CUAAGCGUUCACGUGACUCGCUGGGAGGACUCCCAACAUGGCGGCGCUCGCUCCGACUCCGUCUUCUCUCCCUCCCGGCGGCCGCUAUUGCCUGGUGAGCGGCAUUCCGGCCGGGCUCCGUUCCGCCGACCUCCGCGGCUACUUCAGCCAGUUCGUCGAAGCCGGGGGAUUCCUCUGCUUCCAUUACCGGCACCGUCCCGAAAAGGAAACUCUCCCUCAACGCCCAGGCCCGACCUGCUGCUGCCUCGUGGCCGUGAAGGCCGGCUGGUCCCGCCGCUUGGUCCGCAUGUACUCAGGGAAGCGCUGGCUCGACCGCCAAGGAGACACCCUGCCCGGGCGGUGCCUCAUCCGCAGGGUCCGCGUCUCCCCGCAGGAAGAUGUUGACACAUUUGCCUAUAAAACCAAAAAGGAACAUCACAGAAUAUCAAAAGAAUCCUUCACUCAAGGUGAUUUAAAACACCUCCCUGAACUAAAUCCUCCUGCAUUCAUGCCUUAUGGGAAUGUAGGAACUCCUCUGAGAGUCUUCUUGGAUCUCAUCAAAGCUUGCCGGAUGCCUUCCAGUAUUAUCAGGAAGCUACAGUUGCAGUUCCCCAAAUCAGGUUCUUCUCGCAGAUAUGGAAAAGUGCCAUUUACCUAUAAGGAAACUGAGACUGUUGUAGAAGAGGAGCGAGUGUACACAGCUACCGGUGAGGAGGUCACAGAAGGAGAGCCCCUGCCAAAAGAAGGAAUGGCCAAUCAUGAUGGAAGCACCGAGGAGAAAGACUGGGAAGAUGCAGGGGAGGAAGAAGCAGCAGAGUCUCCACAGAACAGCGAAUCAGAUGAUGAUAGAUGUGAAGAGUGGGAGAGACACGAGGCUUUGCAUGAAGAUGUCACAAGCCAGCAACGAAUCAAGGAGCGCCUCUACGAGGAGGAGAUUGAACUGAAAUGGGAAAAGGGAGGCUCUGGGUUGGUUUUCUAUACAGAUGCACAAUAUUGGCAACAAGAGGAAGAAGGAGAUUUUGAUGAGCAGACAGCAGAUGACUGGGAUGUAGACAUGAGCAUCUACUAUGACAAAGAUGGUGGUGAUAAGGAUGCUCGCGAUUUUGUCCGGAUGCGGCUUGAGCAGAGGCUUCGGGAUGGUUUGGAAGAUGGGUCUGUUGCAGGACAAACAAUUGGGAACUUUGAAAAAUAUACCAAGGGCAUCGGCAGGAAAGUGAUGGAGAAACAGGGCUGGACUGAAGGCCUUGGUCUGGGAAGCAGCAAUUCAGGGAUGCCGGAAGCACUGAUUGGUGAUGGCCAAAAUCCCAAAUGCAAGAGGGGCUUGGGGUACCAUGGUGAGAAGCUCCAGACUUUUGUCAAACCCAAGAAGCCUCGGCAAGAUGGCCGUCCACUGAUCUCCACCAUCUAUGACGACCCCCAUCCGGAGGACGGAAAAGAGCAGCUGCUUCGGCGUCAGCUUCCGAUCAGCUUGAAGUAUCGGCAAGAUGUGGACUUUUCCCAUGACAUUCAUAGUUUUCACAGGGGCUCUGAUUGGUCCUGAGAGACUACCACUAAGGACUGACUUGUACUUCUGCAACAGCAUUUUAAAAAUUUAUUCUAUUUGUGUGGUUUUUAAAAAAAUAACAGAUGUAAUUAACCACAUUUGGACCAAAAACUAAUUAAAAA